GCAGGCUGAUUACGGUCGGCGGAAUUAUUUAAACUGAAGUAACCGCUUUUUAACUUUGUGCCAACUCAGCUAAAAAAGGGUUUAACUGGGCAGUAUAACUGUACGAGAUCGUCUGCCCACUACAAUGUUCCGGUUCGUUUCGCUCUUGUCGGUGCUGUUAUCCUGUCUCAAGAAUACUGGACAAGUUCAAGGAUACUUCCAUGAAGAACGCUGGAGCCCGGAAUCUCCUGUAUUAUCUCCUCGAGUAAUGAUCGCCCUCAUCUGCCGUAACGCUCAACACUCUUUGCCACAUUUCCUCGGAACUAUUGAACGGCUGAAUUACCCCAAGGACCGAAUUGCUCUGUGGGUUGCAACCGACCACAAUAUUGACAACACGACACACCUACUGCGAGACUGGCUCAUCAAUGUACAGAAACUCUACCAUAAUGUGGAAUGGAGGCCUAAAGAGGAACCAAGAGCAUAUUAUGAGGAGGAAGGACCAAAGCAGUGGACGAAUGAGCGCUAUGCCUACUUAAUGAGAUUGCGUCAGGCAGCGCUUGAGUCUGCACGAGAGAUGUGGGCAGACUAUCUUAUGAUGAUUGAUUGUGAUAAUCUCCUGACCAACGUAGACGUCUUAUGGAAAUUAAUAAAGGAGAACAAGACCAUUGUAGCACCAAUGAUGGAAUCUCGCGCCGCAUAUUCAAACUUCUGGUGUGGAAUGACAUCUCAGGGCUACUAUAAGCGAACGCCUGCCUACAUCCCAAUGCGUAAGCAAGUGCGCAAAGGCUGUUUUGCAGUUCCCAUGGUACACUCGACUUUCCUGGUGGACCUGCGGAAAGAGGCUUCAAGACAGCUGGCAUUUCACCCACCACAUCCAGACUACACCUGGGCCUUUGAUGACAUAAUAGUCUUUGCCUUUUCAGCACGCAUGGCAGAGGUCCAGAUGUUUGUUUGUAACAAGGACAUUUAUGGGCAUCUCCCAGUGCCUCUUCGUGCUCACAGCACUCUGCAGGAUGAGGCAGACAGCUUCAUUCAUACUGUACUGGAGGUCAAUGUGCGAAAUCCUCCAGUUGAGCCAUCCAGAUACCUGCCCAAACCUGUCAGAAAACCUGACAAAAUGGGCUUUGACGAGGUGUUUAUGAUCAACUUGAAGCGGCGGGCCGACCGCCGUGAGCGCAUGCUAAGAGUGCUGAGAGAGCAGGAGAUCGACUGCAAGAUUAUUGCUGCUGUUGAUGGAAAAGCUAUGAACGUCAGCAAGAUCCAUGCUAUGGGAAUACAUAUGCUGCCUGGCUACAGUGACCCCUACCACGGCAGGCCUCUUACAAGAGGAGAGCUGGGCUGUUUCCUGUCCCACUAUAACAUCUGGAAAGAGAUUGUAGACAGAGGCCUGAAGACCUCACUGGUGCUUGAAGAUGAUUUGAGGUUCGAAAUUUUCUUCAAACGGCGCCUGCAGAAUCUGAUGCGUGAUGUGGAGAAUAAGAGUCUGGACUGGGACCUCAUUUACAUCGGAAGGAAGAGGAUGCAAGUGGACCGGCCUGAAAAAGCAGUACCAAACAUUCGCAACUUGGUGGAGGCGGAUUAUUCCUACUGGACCCUGGGUUACAUGAUGUCAUUACAAGGAGCGACAAAGCUCCUCAAAGCAGAACCACUCAGCAAAAUGUUACCUGUGGACGAGUACCUACCUGUUAUGUUUAACAAGCAUCCUGUAUCGGAUUACAUGGAGCAGUUUGAGACGAGGGACCUGAAAGCAUUUUCAGCAGAGCCCUUGCUGGUGUUCCCAACACACUACACGGGCGAUCCGGGCUACAUCAGCGACACAGAAACCUCCACAGUGUGGGACAAUGAGAAAGUGCGCACAGACUGGGACAGGAAGCGCUCGGGUAAGACGCGAGAACAGGCUGAGAUCAGCACAGAAGCCCAGAACUCUGAUGUGCUCCAGUCUCCACUGGACAGAACAGCCCGUGAUGAACUAUGAUAAUUUGUUUUUUUUGGACAGUCCGCUAGACUUAUUCCUGAGACGCAGUAGUCGCAGUUUUUCAAUCAUUUUUGGGACAGUGUGGAACGUUUCACACUAUACUUGCUAUUCGACUGACCAAAAGUGGCCUUAGAAAAGAAUGUUUUUGUCAUGUUUUACUGAACAAUUUUAUUCUUGAGCUUGAAUGCCUUCAUUUGUAGAUUAUCAAAUCAGUAAUAUAGGCCUGUUUUUACUUGCUGUUGAGUCACCCGUUCACCAUUGUGUCCCGAGACCCCCAAUUAAGAUGCCAUGUGUUUUUAGAACAGUUUAUGAUUUUUUAAUCAAUUUGAACAAAUGAAAUAAUGAAAAAAAAAAAAAAAAAAGCAAACAUUAGAUGGUAGUACACAUUUUACAAUGUUCACCUUCACAUUAGCGUAGUAAUUUUUUCCAUAUAAGUGAAUCUCACAAAGAACAUUACCAGGUCACAUUUCACCCCAAAAUCUAAAGAAAGAAAUAAGAAAUUAUCUUGUUUUAAAGGAAUGUUCCGGGUUCAAUACAAGUUCAGCUCAGUCGACAGCAUUUGUGGCAUAAUAUUGAUUACCACAAAAAUAUAUUUUGACUUGUCCCUUCAUUUCUUACUAAAUCUGGGUUACACUGAGGCACUUUCAAUGGAAGUCAGUCAAUCCGUAAACGUUAAAAUACUCACUAUUUCAAAAGUAUAGACACAAGACAUAAACAGUAUGCACAUUAACAUGAUUUAAGUGUGAUAAAAUCGCUUACUUACAUUUUCUGUGUAAAGUUAUAUUAAAUUUUACAACAAACCCUAAACGACUGUAAAAAUGGCCGUUUAAACAACUUUGUUUUAACAGAAGAUUUAAUGCAAGUGCUUUUAUUAAAUCUAAAGUUUCACAUUUCUGCCUUUAAACCCUCCAAAAAUUGGCCCCCAUUCACUUCCAUGUGUUGAAUCCGGAAUAUUCCGUUAAAGAAAAUGAAGCCUAGUUUUACGACCAUUAUGUUUUUUACACUAUUUUAAAGGUGCACUCAGUCAUUUUUUCCCCAUUAAAAAUGUUUUACUCCUAAAGAAAUUAAUUGUAAUUUUGAAACGUAUAUAUAAAUUCAUGACAGCUCACAUGAGAUCAAGACUCUAGUCAUAUCAGUGUUAUUCUACAUGAGGCUGGGGCACCCUCAUGGGGGCUGCCAUUUUAGAAUCACAUGACCACCUGAAUACUACUCGCUUAAUCUCAGUAACCGUCUUUUUAUUGAACACUUUCACUCUUGGAUUAAAUUGUGAAUAGUGAAUUUCUACAAUGGCAUCUGUAACUGAAAACUAUUGAUUUUGAAUGAUGCUGCAUCCACACAACUAGGUGUCACUGUAAGUCCAAGAUGACAUGACCAAAAAGUUACUGAGUGCACCUUUAAUGUUAAUUUAAGAAAGUUUUCCAAAGGGGGGCCUGGGUAGCUCAUUAAGUAAAGAUGCUGACUACCACCCCUGGAGUUGCGAGUUCAAAUCCAGGGUGUGCUGAGUGACUCCAGCCAGGUCUCCUAAGCAACCAAAUUGGCCCGGUUGCUAAGGAGGGUAGAGUUACAUGGGGUAACCUCCUCGUGGUCGCUAUAAUGCGGUUCUCGCUCUCGGUGGGGCACGUGGCGAGUUGUGCGUGGAUAUUAUGUCUCCAUGGUAACGUGCUCAACAAGCUACAUGAUAAGAUGCGUGGAUUGACGGCCUCAGACGCGGAGGCAACUGAGAUUCGUCCUCCGCCACCCGGAUGAGGUGAGUCACUACGCCACCACGAGGACUUAGAGUGCAGUGGGAAUUCUAAAUUGGGUAGAAGAGGGGAGAAAAAAAAAGGUUUUCCAAGAUUACAAUCAUGCAAAUAUAUAAUAAUUGUGUAGUUUUUAUUUGUUAAGUAUUAAUUCACUAUGGCAGUAUUUCUUGUACUGCUUUUAUAUUAUUCUGAUUUAAUAAAAAAUAAAUAAAUAAAAAUCAACAUCUAAAUCUUUAAUCUUUAUCUAAAGAAUUAGAUUAAAUUAAACGCAAAAAAACAAUGACGGGACAAGGCAAUAUGUGCAUUGUCAUGACAAUAAUGUCACAAUAAUGCAAAAAAACUUAAUAAUACUACUGUAUAAAUAGGCCUAAUUUUCUUAAUGCAAAAUUAUUUUGUGGUGAAAUAUGACACGAAUGCGAGAUUCACUCCUGUUGUAAAAUAAUCAUGACGCAUGGAGCUUCAGGCUGUCACUUACAUUCAUCAAAGUCAACCAGUGUACACACCUUACUCAGUGGCUUUGCUGUCAUAUCAUCGGAGCAGCAAUUAAAUGUCUACACACAUUCCACACUGCAAUCUUCCAGACUGUUGGCCCUUACUUCUUUGCCUUUUAUUUAUUUUAUUUUAUUUUUUGGACACAGAACAGCACAGCAGGCUUUGAAAAGUGCCGUUUUAUAUAUAUAUAUAUAUAUAUAUUUAAUCAUUCCCAGACUCUUUGAUUUUAUAUCUUGUCUUGUACUGUGGUACCAGCAAGUGCAAUUGCACUGUUUUAGGUGUUAUUGAUGUCACCAGUUGUGCCUUACAAAUAAAAACAAUAGUUUAAAUAUGUUUCUCUUAAAGAAAUAUCAUGUCUCUUUUUGUUUUUAUGAUUCGGCAGUAUUCUUAGACGUGGGUUAGAUGUGAUUUUCUAUUCUGUUAUAACAGCAUAAAUAACAUGCCAUUAAAUGAACUCAACCACUUUGGAAGGCAUAUCAACAUCCAUGCAGAAAACAUGCAGUUUUAAAUAUAUCACAAGACAAAAAUGAUGGCACAGACACGC